CUCCUUGCACGUCUCGGAAUCCCACCUCACCUCCGCCCCCUUCUUCACGCCACACACACACACAUAUACACGAGUACAUACCUUUCAACGAGCCCUCUCUUUUUUUAUUACAUACAUAUACAUUAUAGCAAUUUCCAUCUAAAAAUACCAUGCCUGGCUUUUAUACCUCACUUGCCGGGACGGCGACGAGUGUCAUUACGAUUGUCGGCCUGUACAUGCUUCUCACCGGCACCGGUCAAGAAUUCAACGUUGGAAAGUACCUCGAAGCAUCAUCGCCUUACGCAUGGGCAACGACAGGAAUGGGAUUGUGCAUUGGUCUUUCCGUAGCUGGCGCAGCUUGGGGCAUCUACGUUACCGGCUCUGCAUUAUUGGGUGGUGCUGUCAAGACACCGCGUAUUCAAUCGAGAAACUUGAUUUCCAUUAUUUUCUGUGAAGUCGUUGCCAUUUACGGUGUCAUUAUGACCAUUGUCUAUUCAGCCAAGCUUGUCGAAGUUUCCGAGGAAACGCUUUAUACACCGUCAAAUUACUUUACAGGACACGCGAUCUUUUGGGGUGGUUUGACAGUUGGUAUCUGUAACCUCUUUUGUGGCGUUUGCGUCGGUAUUACUGGAUCAAGUGCUGCUCUUGCAGAUGCUCAAGACCCUCAACUGUUUGUUAAAGUCCUGGUCGUCGAGAUUUUCGGUUCAGUCCUUGGUCUUUUUGGAUUGAUUGUUGGUUUGUUAACGACCGGUAAAGCAUCAGAUUUUGCUUAAGCAUUUCUCUCUUGCCUUUUUACGAUUGCUCUCACCAUAAAAAAACAGGAAGGAGAAAGAAGAAGAAACGAAUACAAAGAAUAAAAG